UAAAAUUAUACGACUUGCCAAAUAUAUUGAAUUGUGCGGUCUAGUCGAUAUGUAAAAGUAUAAACUUUUACCGUGUAACUAAAAUGGCUAACUCUAAGAAAUCAACUGGUUUUAUUGAAAGGGAUGGAAGUGAAUCAAAUAGCAACAAAAUUUGCACACAGCAAACACAUGCACGAAUACUUGGACCUCUAGAAAGGAGUUUUUAUUUCUGGACUUUGAAAUGUGAUGAUACAUUUCCAUAUAAAAUGUCUCUAUCCAGUAAAUACCCAUUCACUGUUAAACACGUGUCAGAUGCAAUAUCUUCUCUGGUCAAACAACAUCAAGUGUUGUGCAAGUCAUUUGUGGAUACCGGAAGCAAUAUAGAAUUAAUCGAAACCAGCAAUCACUCCAACCAUCUUGAAAUUUUACCGAAGACACGCUUUUACUCAAUUUUUAACGAAUUUUCUUUGAAUGGUAAGCUUUGUCGUUUUAUACUAUUGGAGCCCGCUGCCAACUCUACACAUACUAUAGAAGUAAUGAUUGCAGUCCACCAUGCCUUAGCAGAUUAUAUUUAUAAUCGCGAGAUAAUUAGAACAUUUGUAAACAAUUUGCAUCUGUUGCAACUUGGUAAGAAACCUUUAACAGAUAUUGAAUUCAAUCUUACCAUGCCAAUCGAAGAAAUUACAAAAAAUAUGGCUGUCAAAGAUAUCCAAAGCUACCGAAUCGAUCGAAGAUUUGUCAAUAAGAAAGUGUCAACAGUAGUCGAAAUAUUGUCCCGCUCAAUCGAGAAACUAAGCCAAUUAAAGUGUCCCUGUGGUUCUAGUCGGACAAUAAGGUGGAGUCUUGACAAAAAUGAAACACGUUCUUUUCUUGUUUCACGUAGAAAAUGUAAUGGGUCGAUUAAUGCUUUGAUAUUAUCAGUAUGCAUUACAUCUUUCAUGAAGUUGAUAAGCGGAAGUCUUAAACAAGACGAAAUAGUAGAUCUGUCAUUCUCGUUCAUGGUUAAUCUACGUAGGUACAUAUUAAACCGAGAAGAAUUCCGAGGGAAUGCUAGUAUAGAUGUACAUUUCUUUUUACAAAUGGACUCACCAGUAAAUUCGGACAAGCAAUUCUGGCUGAUAGCCAAUGAAAUCUCAGAAAAAAUUCGUGAGAUAAUCGAUUCCGCUGGACUCCUUACUGCAGCAGAAGACUGGAUAGAUAUGCCUCGGGAAAUAAUAGCUCUGACACACGUUGGUUCUAUAGAUAAUUUUCUUGAAGAUGAGACGACCGUUCGUCUGGAAGACCUUCAAGUAAACGUGAAUGCCAAUCAAGACCUGUCCGCACUAUUUCAUAUCAUCACUUAUUUUUCCCGAGGUGAGAUGCAUUUCUGUAUAGCCUACGGUUCGUCUUUUAUACCUGAUCAAUUUGCUCAAGUUUUUGUAAAUGGCAUCAAUGAAACCAUCCAACAUAUGGGGAAUGUCUCCAAACUUUAGAUAUUCGUUUUGAAUUAUCUCCGUAGAAUGUUUAUUUAAGAAAUAAAAUCAUAUUAAAUACAUGUA